AAGCUUCUCUGUAUGUCACUUGUUUGAAUGCAUAGUAAAAUGAGGGAGAAAAAAAUUAAUGUAUUGAAAAAGCAAGCACCUCUACCAAGGUACGUGUUUGAUAUGCAAAGAUUUUAAGGACUUUCACAGGAAUGCUGUACAAAGAGACGAUGUUACAUCACACUGGGAACCAGUAAAAGUAAAUAUUAAAGUUAAGUGAACAUUACCUGCAAAAACUCAUUUAGAGGAGAAUGAAAACCAUUUUGGAAAAAGGAAGACAUUCUUAUUAAGAAUUGCAGCAAACAAGGAGUUUCAGGAUGACUUUAUUAUAUCAAAUGGUACAUUUCAUUUUAUUUGCCUCAGUUUCUGGUGAGUGUGUGACCAAGCUGUUCCAAGAUGCCUACUUUAAAGGAGGAGAUAUUACUGUUGUUUUCACACCAAAUGCCAAGCACUGCCAAAUAGUCUGCACCCACCAUCCAAGGUGUUUGCUCUUCACUUUUAUGGCUGAAUCAUCAUCUGAAGAUCCUACCAAGUGGUUUACUUGCAUCCUGAAAGACAGUGUUGCAGAAACACUGCCAAUGGUCAAUAUGACGGGAGCAAUUUCCGGAUAUUCUUCCAAGCAAUGCUCAGACCAAAUAAGUGCUUGCAACAAAGAUAUUUAUGUGGACCUACAUAUGAAGGGCCUGAACCAUAACAGCUCUAUUACCAAGAGUGCUCAGGAAUGCCAAGAGAGGUGUACGAAUGACAUGCACUGUCACUUUUUUACAUUUGCCACAGAGCACUUUCCAAGCGUAAAGUAUCGUAACGUGUGUCUGUUGAAGCACACCCACACGGGCACGCCAACCAGCAUAACAAAGCUCCGUGGCGCGGCGUCUGGAUUUUCGCUGAAGCCCUGUGCGCUUUCUAAUCUGGCUUGUAUUAGGGACAUUUUCCCUAGAACGAUGUUUGCAGACAGUAACAUUGACAGUGUCAUGGCUCCAGAUGCUUUCGUCUGUCGCAGCAUUUGUACUCACCAUCCCAGUUGUUUGUUUUUCACCUUCUUUUCUCAAGAAUGGCCAACAAUAUCUGAAAGAAAUCUGUGUCUACUUAAAACGUCUACAAGUGGGUUGCCAAGCGCACGCAUUAGAAAGAACAAAGCUCUUUCUGGUUUUAGUCUACAAAACUGCCGGCACAGUGUCCCAGUGUUCUGCCAUUCUUCAUUCUACCGUGACACUGAUUUCUUGGGAGAAGAACUGGACAUUGUUGACGUGGACGGGCACGAAGCCUGCCAGAAAACAUGUACCAACAGCAUCCGCUGUCAAUUUUUUACCUAUUCUCCAUCUCAAGAAUCUUGCAACGGAGGGAAGGGUAAAUGCUACUUAAAACUUUCUGCAAAUGGAUCUCCAACUAAAAUACUUCAUGGGAGAGGAAACAUCUCUGGAUAUACAUUAAGGUUAUGUAAAAUGGAUAAUGCGUGUACAACGAAAAUCAAGCCCAGAAUUGUUGGAGGAACCAAGUCUGUUCUUGGAGAGUGGCCAUGGCAGAUAACUUUGCACAUCACAUCACCCACCCAGAGACACCUGUGUGGAGGCUCCAUCAUCGGAAACCAGUGGAUAUUAACAGCUGCUCAUUGUUUCAGCGAGGUAGAGUCACCUAAAGCUUUGCGUGUCUAUAGUGGCAUUUUAAACCAAGCAGAAAUAAAAGAGGAUACAUCUUUCUUUGGGGUUCAAGAAAUAAUAAUUCAUGAUCAAUAUGAAAUGGCAGAAAGUGGAUAUGAUAUUGCCUUGUUGAAACUGGAAAUGACAAUGAAUUACACAGAUUCUCAACGACCCAUCUGCCUACCUUCCAAAGGAGAUAGAAAUGUGACAUAUACUGAGUGCUGGGUGACUGGAUGGGGGUACCAAAGAUUAAGACACAAAAUACUAAAUACUCUCCUGAAAGCCCAGGUACCCUUGGUGACAAAUGAAGAAUGCCAGGCAGGAUACAGAGGGCAUAAAAUAACUAAUAAGAUGGUCUGUGCAGGCUACAAAGAAGGAGGGAAGGAUGCCUGCAAGGGAGAUUCGGGGGGCCCCCUGUCUUGUAAGCACAACGAGGUCUGGCAUUUGGUAGGCAUCACGAGCUGGGGCGAAGGCUGCGGCCAAAGGGAGCGGCCAGGUGUUUACACCAACGUGGUCGAGUAUGUGGACUGGAUUUUGGAGAAAACGCAAGCAGCUUGAAAGAGUCCCCAGAUGCCAUUUGACUCCCUGAAGGGUAAGCCAGAUUAUUCCCUGGAAGAGGGUUUGGAUUUCACCGAAGAAGACACUGCACCAUCAUUUUCCUCCACAGGCUACAGUUCUGAGACUGUAACAGACUGAGGGGCUUGGUAUUGGUAAGAACACACCAAAGCUGUCAUUCUCAAAACUCCCAGUUCCGCCAUCAUCAGAGGGUGACCAGCAUCCAGUCUCUUGCUUGUUGGUUACACCUUUCCUGAGCCAAAGGAAUACUAUAAGAUUAAGAUAUUUGAAGAUGAAAACAUACCCAGACAGACCAGAAAAGAAUCAAGUAGUGGCACCAAAGGAUCGGGCAGAAAUGCUCAAAGAAACCACUGUAAAAAGAUUCGUUAAAUGAAAAAUGGGAACUGGAGAAAAUGGAAACAAGGGCAGUCACCAUCAAAUUGCAAGACUCUGGGCUCUGGGUACAUGCACACAUCUCUUUUGUAAAGAAAGAACUUGACUGAAUUUGAUGGCAGGUUUUCAGAAUAAUCAAGAAUUCUUGUCAUGUCAUUUUUUAAUAUUUUUUAAAUUAGUUUGGGUAGAGACAAGCUAUGAGUGAGUGUGAAUGUGGGUUCCAGAAUUUCUGUAUGGGAAAGGAUUAAAAGCAGCAAUUCACCUGGAA